AGUGUUCACGGGGGAGACGAUGGGUUCUUGCAGCAAUAUCAGCAUCUUCUCGCCGCUUCCUACAAGACCAUCUUUAUACCGCAUUUCUUCUACCAUUACCACCUUAGAUGCACUAAGAUUUCCGGCCCAGAAACGCCGACAGCCUUCCGGCACUGCGACAACCGGUCUCCGCUGUAACUGUCAGCUGACAACCACAGACCUCGCACCUCUAACCUCUGCAGUUUAUGGGACGCUUUUGUUUGGUGGCGGCCUCUUUGCCUAUACAAGAUCUGGAAGUAAGGGCUCACUUCUGGGCGGCUUAACCGGUGCUGGACUUAUGGGUACAUUUAAGUAUUGCAAACUUUUAUUAGUUCUUUUUUUGAACUGUUAAAAAAAUCCAUUCUUUAGUGAUAGUUGUUGUGGUUAACUU